AUCAGUCAUGCCGUGGAGAGAGAGAGAGAGAGAGAGAGAGAGAGAGAGAGAGAGAGAGAGAGAGAGAGAGAGAGAGAGAGAGCAUUUCAAAGAGACUGCAGUUCAAAGUCCAUACAUAUGGACAAAAUGACGCAUCUAACAAUUCUUUACAUAAUUCAGAUUUCUUUAUAAAGCCUCAAAGAUCGCGAGGUUCUUGCCGUGUUUGAGUUGCGCUCGUGUUUACCGCUCACUUCGCUUCUCCACAUGCAACGUGGCAUCUCGACAUGUUCAAAGCCCGUGAAGCGUGUUCAUCACUCGCUUCGGUAAUCACGACAUGGAGCCGGUGAACGUGGAGAGGCGCGUGAAUGGAUUUAACAGCAGCGUGAAUGAUCAGUACGGGACGCUGAUGUACGACACCGCACUCAGUACUUUACUCGCAGUGCUGCUCUAUGUGAUCUUGAAGGUGAGUCUGGACGGGAUCCGUCAGUGGAGGGCUCGGAUCUCGGUUUUGGUGGUGGGUUCCGGUCCGAUCGGACUCGCUGCGGCUCUGGUCGCUGUUCGCUCCGGCAAGGUGCUGAAACUGACGGUACUGGAUGAGCGCUACAGGAGCGCGCUGCUCUGCAGACCCCAGCAGAUCGCGCUCGAUCCCCGCAGCGUCCGCUUCCUUCUCGAUCUGGGGGUGGAUUUUGACAACAUGGAGGGCUGCUGGCACAACGAGCACUUCUUCACCAAAAUCGGAGUGUUUCAGGAGUAUUUGCUGAGUAUACUGGAGCAAAAGAAACAAAGGGUUGAUGUGAAAGUUCAUUUGGGUACAAAGUUUAGUGAAGAGUACCUGAGGAAGAUACCCAGAGGUGAACGGCCGCGGGUGAUCAUAGUCGCUGAUGGAUCAUAUGGUGACUCUUGCUCCGUACUGGGCAUCAGUUCAGAUUACAUAGUUGAAUCAUGUCGGGCUUAUGGGGCCAAUGCUACUAUAGAAAGACUCGACCAGAGACAGGUUCCCACACCAGAGAUUCGUGCACACAGUUUAUACUUUGAUCUAUCAGCGUAUGGUAUCAACACCGUGAAAGAUCCACACAACUCCUCACAGUCUGCGGUGAAACCCGGAUUCCACUUAAAAAUCUACGGUACAUUCAGGAACCGCUACAUGGCUCUGGCCUGUACAUCAGAUGCAGACUCCAAAAUGAUGCAUUUCUUACGCCACACAGCUAACUCAUCUAUAAUGAAGAACAUCUUCCUUCAGUCCUUCAAUGCAUAUAAGACGGACAUCGAGCCUCGUCUCAGUGAUGUCACCCUGCACCACAUGCAGUGUAGUCGUAUGUUGUUUGAGAUCAUGUUAUCAUACAGACGUGUUAGUGCAGCUUAUAUUGAAGGAGAUCAUGUUGCAGUCACUGUGGAAGGAGAAGCUGCAAGAGUGCUCAACUUUGACACCGGUUGUGGAGUGAAUCUGGGAAUGAGAGGACUGGAAUCACUGGGAAUGUUCAUCUACAAAACUGCUACAGCUCUGGAUCAGAACGAUGUCUUUGAGGCACUUUUAGCCAAAAUACAACACUCACGACUCGUGGCAGAAACCUUCAGGCAAACUGGACUCACUUCUGCAAUGUUUGAAUGACACUGUGUGUGUGUGUGUGCGUGUUUGCGUGUAUUAGUGUGACAUGCUUGAAGUUCAUAAUACUGUACUUAUAAUGCUCAUCUGUUUGUGUUAAAUGCAAUUCCCAAUAACAAAAGUAUCAGUAUUAGCAUUAAAAUGCUUUAUUAGUGUAAUGUGAUGGAUUAACUUUCUGAAAAAUUAAGAAGGGGAAAAUUGUCCAGCCUGUUGCAAUUGUUGCUAUUUUGUGGCCCUUAAAGGUGCAGUGUGUAAUUUUUAGAAGGAUCUCUUGACAGAAAUGCAAAAUAAUAUACAAAACUAUAUUAUCAGGGGUGUAUAAAGACCUUUUUAUAAUGAACUGUUAUGUUUUCAUUACCUUAGAAUGAGACUUUUAUCUACAUACACUGAGGGUCCCCUUACGUGGAAGUCGCCAUUUUGUGCCGUCAUGUUUCUACAGAAGCCCUUAAAGGACAAAUUUUUUUUACUAAGUUAUCUCUGUCAAUUACAUGUUUUUCCAGUGGCGGCUACCGUAACUUCUCUAUGCGUUUCAAAACAAGGAGUGAGCAGUGGACUGAGCCGUUGGUUGCAAUUCGCAACCUCACCACUGGAUGCCGCUAAAAUUUACACACUGCACCUUUAAGACAAUCUCAUAAAAUACAUGUUUAACCGGAUGACAAAUAUAAUUUUUAGCAUUGGCAUUUUUUUAAUAAUAGUUGCCUGUGUCAACUUAGUAUGUCUGAUCAAUUUUGUUCACUUUAAUAAUCUCUGAAAAAAGUCAGUGUUUGUGGACAUUAUUACUAUUUAUUUUUUAUAAUGCUUAUUGUGACACCAAAUAUAAUCUUUCAAUAAACCUCACAAAUACAGACUGCAUCACAAUAAAAAAAGAUGAAUGAAAAAUAAAUAAAUAAAUAAAUAUGUGUCUGGUGAAAAUAUAAGCACCCAUACACUGUAAAAAUACUUUGCUGCCUUAAAUUUUUUUUUGUUGUUGAAUCAACUCAGAUCUACAAGUCAUUUCAACUCACUAUUAUUUAUCUUGAAUAGAGAUGAGUUGUUAUAACUACAGGUGAGUUGACUUUUCUCAACUAUAUUUUAUAAGUUGUGACAACUCAUUUCUGUUGACAUGACAUGUAAAUCUGAGUUAAUUGAACAAAAAUUUUUAAAGCAGCAAAGUAUUUUUUACAGUGUAUGAUUUCAAUCUUGGUUUAAAAUUGAUUGAUUACCUGAUAAAUGGAUAUGUCUGA